CCAGUCUCUGCCGAGAUGUUCCUAUCCUGGGAAGUCUCGCUGCGCUAGGGUAAUGUUUGCCACUGGCAGGACCUCAUUUCCUCCUGCAGCCUUUGAACUGCCCCAAGCAACGCGCCCAGAAAAGUGUGAAGCUUUAUAAAAAUUUAAACGCGUCGGUGGUGGAGGUAGAAGUGGGGCGGAGCCGCGGCCUGGCGGCUGGCGAGAAGCUGGUGAGACUUGCAGCCCAAGAAAUCUGUUGCUCAGCUUUUACACUUCCAAACCAGAAUUUGUUCCUGGUGAAGAGAAGCUCCUCCUCUGGUUCCCAGACCCCUUGAGGCUUUAGGAACCAGUAGGUGAAAUUAUCUGCCUUGAAGGAGAAACAGCACCUGCUCCUUCAUCAAGAGGAAGCUGUUCAUUGCUAUGGAUACCGAAUCCACAUAUUCUGGAUAUUCAUACUAUUCAAGCCAUUCAAAAAAAUCUCACAGACAAGGGGAGAGAACUAGAGAGAGACACAAAUCACCCCGAAAUAAAGAUGGCAGAGGGUCAGAAAAAUCUGUCACCAUUCAGGCUCCCACCGGAGAGCCCCUGUUGGCAAACGAUUCUACUCGGACCGAGGAAGUUCAGGAUGACAACUGGGGAGAGACCACCACAGCCAUCACGGGCACCUCGGAGCACAGCAUAUCCCAAGAGGACAUUGCCAGGAUCAGCAAGGACAUGGAGGACAGCGUGGGGCUGGAUUGUAAACGUUACCUGGGCCUCACCAUCGCCUCGUUUCUGGGACUCCUAGUUUUCUUCACUCCCAUUGCCUUCAUCCUGUUACCCCCGAUCCUGUGGAGGGAUGAGCUGGAACCUUGUGGCACAAUCUGCGAGGGACUCUUUAUCUCCGUGUCAUUCAAACUCCUCAUUCUGCUCAUCGGAACCUGGGCCCUUUUCUUCCGCAAGCAGAAAGCCGACGUGCCACGGGUGUUUGUGUUCCGAGCCCUGUUAUUGGUCCUCAUCUUCCUUUUUGUGGUUUCCUAUUGGCUUUUUUAUGGAGUCCGUAUUUUGGACUCUCGGGACCGAAACUACCAGGGCAUUGUGCAAUACGCGGUCUCCCUCGUGGAUGCCCUCCUCUUCAUCCAUUACCUGGCCAUCGUCCUCUUGGAGCUCCGGCAGCUGCAGCCCAUGUUCACGCUGCAGGUGGUCCGCUCCACUGAUGGAGAGUCCCGGUUCUACAGCUUGGGACACCUGAGCAUCCAACGAGCAGCUUUGGUGGUUCUGGAAAAUUACUACAAAGAUUUCACCAUCUAUAACCCGAACCUCCUCACAGCCUCCAAAUUCCGAGCAGCCAAGCACAUGGCCGGGCUGAAAGUCUACAACGUAGAUGCUGCCCUUAUGGCCAAACUGAAACUUUGUGUAACAGAUGGCCCCAGUAACAAUGCCACAGGUCAGUCCCGGGCCAUGAUCGCUGCGGCCGCUCGGCGCAGGGACUCCAGCCACAACGAAUUGUAUUACGAAGAGGCUGAGCAUGAACGGCGGGUGAAGAAGCGGAGAGCAAGGCUGGUGGUGGCAGUGGAAGAGGCCUUCAUCCACAUCCAGCGUCUCCAGGCUGAGGAGCAGCAGAAAGCCCCAGGGGAGGUGAUGGACCCUCGGGAGGCAGCGCAGGCCAUCUUCCCCUCUAUGGCCAGGGCGCUGCAGAAGUAUCUGCGCACCACUCGGCAGCAGCACUACCACAGCAUGGAGAGCAUCCUGCAGCACCUGGCCUUCUGCAUCACCAACAGCAUGACGCCCAAGGCCUUCUUAGAACGAUACCUCAGCGCGGGACCCACCUUGCAGUAUGACAAGGAGCGUUGGCUGUCUACGCAGUGGAGACUGAUUAGUGACGAGGCGGUGACGAACGGGUUACGGGAUGGAAUCGUUUUCGUCCUGAAAUGCUUGGACUUCAGCCUCGUAGUCAAUGUGAAGAAAAUUCCAUUCAUCGUCCUCUCCGAAGAGUUCAUAGACCCCAAAUCUCACAAAUUCGUUCUUCGCCUACAAUCUGAGACAUCAGUUUAAAAGUCCUAUAUUUGUGUCUUUAUAUAAAAAGAAGAAUAUAUAGAGAGAUAUAUAUGUCCAGAGGGGUGUCUUUUUUAAAAAAAAAAAAAAAGUUUUUUUAUUCUUCAUUGAUGACUGAAACUGGCAGAUGAUAGACCAGUAUCCUUUGACCAUCUGCACUUUAUUUGUAAGGAAGCAGGGGAUAGCCAUCCUGACAAAAAGUGACUGGUGGCCCCUGACUUUCAUAGAGGGGACUUCUCAAAAAGCCGUUCUCUGGAGUCUGUGACGGCUGUAAACCAAAGCGGAGCUGCUGCGUCCUCGGGAGCCUCGCCUUACAACUAGUCCCUGCCUCUCGUCCAGAUCCAGGACCACAUCCCCCGUUGCUUCUGGUCAACCUCCUCUGGAUUCUAGGGGACCCAUCUGAUUCUGUUUCACCAGACACUGCACAUCCGUGUGGGAAUCACGGGCAGUUCCAGAGACUCCUAGCCUUCAUCUUUGUUCUUUGUUGCCUUAGAUGCCUCAGAGAAAGAUCCCCCCUCCACACACACACACACACACACACACACACACACACACACAGUGUGCACUAUCAGAUAACAGCUAUUAAGUGAUUAACUUUUUGUUUUUUCAAAGAGAAAACCUUCCUGCUCUGUUUCUGAUCCCAUUCCUCUGCUCGUUCAACCAGGGAGCCCUUUCCUGUCUCCCUGGGAUCACCCAGCUGGACUUCACUCCAUCCCACCCUCUGUAGCAUACAUACAUACCAUGGCCCUACCUGAUGGGCAACCCUGGCUAGGCAAGCUCAGCCCUCCAAAGAUCUCCACAUGUGCCCACAGGCUCUUGGGUUCCACAGGGAAGUAUGGCCCACCAGGUAGAACCCAGUAGAGCAGACCUACUGGCAUGCCCUCCUAGGCUGCAGCAGGAGCUCUACUCCACCCUACCCUGUCCUUCUCCCCACGGAUCCAUACCAACGAGGGGAGACUAACAUUGUGACUCUGAGGUGGGCAGGUGCCAUUUGAAGCCAUCUGAUUUCCUAGGGCAAUAAGUUCUCAUGCAACUCAAACUGCCCUGCCAAGGGAGACCAAACAAUGCCGUUCACACUGGCAACUAUUGCUGGCCAGUCCCAGUUGUUUUCUGACCACAGUCACUGUGCAACUUAUCACCUCAGCCACUUGCUUGGGGGCUUGCUUGGUUCCUGAUAUAUCAAUUGUUCAAUUGUUGGUCAGGUGGAGAGAAGGAAAAUGGAGGAGGCUACAGAGUAUGGGGCAAGGAGAUUAGGGAGCUAAUCUUCUAGUUCAAAAUGGUUCUUCUGUGAUCUGUUUCUUAAAGGCAGCUGGCUUCCGAGGGCUCUCCCCAAGCUGCUGCAAACUGUGGGCAGGGGAUCAGUCUUGGGCAAAAUCCUGCUGCAGGGGAGUGCCUUCAGGAGCCACAUCUAGAUACCUUUCAGUUGUUUGUGCUUCUGUUUACCCUCCUUUAUCUGCAGCGAACCUAUUAAAAGUAAUCAUUCUUCCCUUUCCCCAAUAUUUAGGGUGACCAGUUAUCUCUUCUCAGUGGAGGAUGGCAGCGUUAAAAUGUCUGUUGUUCAAUGUGUCUGCAUACGCACUUGCCAUUCCAUGCAUUCUGCAAACGGGGUGGUAUUUUGUGGGUCCUUUUUAAAAUUAAAAUUGGCUUUGGAUAUCUGUAACUACAACUGUACCUGAAAAAGUUAACAUUGUUCUUGAUUCAACAGCCUUCAGCUCAAAAAGAUGGGUUGGAGAAGAAAGGAGGAGAAAGCUGUGGGUGUGGCGUGGAGCCAGGAUGUACGAUUCAACAGCAUGGUUCUGUUUAUGAAAAACACAUACCAUGUAACCAUGGUGCUUUUUGUUCUUCGUUUUUGCCUCUGGGUCCCUUCAAACUGGAAAUUCCUUAUGAUGUCUUUCUCAGGAAAUAUUUCGUAGGUAGGAUAAGAGAGGGUGAAUAUAUGUGAGAUUUGGGCCACGUAAAGAGAACAUCUCAGACCAGCCACUGUGCCAUGAAUACGGUGCAGUUGGGAAGUGCAGUGAAGGUGUGUACCUAGAGUCAGUAAUGAUACUGUUCAUUAGCAUUUUAAAAUACUGGGCUUCCAACCGUAUCUUAAAUUACCAGUCUGGAAGGAGUUAAGUUGGAUUCAUUCACUUUGGCAUGUACAUUCCCAGCAGGGUGAAGAAAGGUUUAAAUUAAGGAAUUUAUUUUCUCUCUCCUCCUCUCCCCAUCGUCUCCCUCUUCCACUCUUUGUACAGGAGAAUGUCAGACUUUCUGAAAUUAUUGUUUCUGUUUUAAAUUGAAUAUUGAUUUUUUUUUACACGAACUUUGUAUUGAGUCCUUCUUGAAAGAGUAACAAAAUCAAAUACAGGAUCCUUAUAAAGCCUUUGUACUUUCGACAUCUUAAUAGCUAGAGUUACUGGUGCAAUGGGAACUAUGUAGAUGGCAUUAAAAAAUGUAAGGUUGCAGAAAGCUGCAUCGCACAAUUGAACACAAUAAAUUUUUAUUUCAGUUCUUGGAAACAGCGGGCUGUUCUUUCUAAUGGGGCAAAACGGUGCCCCAAGGCUAGUAGAGUGUAUGUUCCUAUGAGAGGAGAUAGGAUUUCAUUUACCUUAAAUGUUUAUAGAUUUUCUAUAACUUUCAACCUAAGUUAUUAAAAUCUAACAUUAAAUGUGAAAGAAGAGCUUAAUGAGGAGUAUAGGUCUCAGAUUGCUGGCUUCCCUGGUGAAGUGUUAACCAAUAGGGAACUUUUGGUCAUGAUAAGUAUGUACUUUCAAAAAAAUAUGACAAUUUUUAAUAGUCCAUGAACUCAAUGUUAGAUUUUGUAAAAGCCUGCCUUCUGGGAGUUGGAAAAGAGAAAGUUGGAGAGUUAUCCAUUCUUUGUACUAUCAUGUACUAUUAAAUCAAAAUGCAUCAUCGUUUUGCUGAAGUUCAUAAAGUAAGCCGUAGAGAAAAUGGUUGACCACCCAUUUGGGGCUGAACUAUUAUUAUCUGCCUUUCUUCCUCUGUCCUCUUGAAAUCUACAAAGAUGACCAAUUCUUAAUAGCACAAGGUGAGAGCCAGGUGGCCCUGGUGUGUUGGCCGCAUUGCUGUUCAUUGCUGGGAGCUAGGGACUCCCUUUUCGAGACCAGCCAUGCUAGCAUGUGUUGGAGAGGAAUGAGGUGCUCACCCUGUCCCUUCUGGGGACAGUCAAUGGUGGUGGUCUGUUUCCUUUUUUUGCCUGUCAUCUUCUCAAGUGCACAUAUUUAUACAGCUUAUAGCUCUGGUAUCCCACCAGCAGCUUGGAUGAUAGGAAUUGAUUGCCUGCUUCCCUUCACCACCACCCUGUGGACCAAGUGAAUGUUCCAGACACACAGUGAAACCAGCAAAGUCGAGCCUUUGGGUUACCCUUUUCCACCUGAGCUCAGCUGUGGAAGGCCCCUACAUGGUGUGUGUGUGUGUGUUUUUUUUUCCCAUAGAUGUGAGCAUUUCUCUGCGUAACAGGCAGAUGGCACGUAUGUACAUAGCCAUCUUAACUUCCGUCUUACCUGUGGCAGGUGGGUGUAUGUCUCAGCGGAUACUUGUGAAUGUGUAUGUGGCUGGAUGCCUGAGGGUGUUUGUGUUGCUACAGAUGCCCUAUUUGAGAGAUUUCCUAGUAGCUAGAUUCUUGCAUUGGGAUCCUAUAACCUGAAAAUGGCAAGAAACAAAGAAAGGUCAAGCUCUAUGAGAAUUACUACUCAAACUUCACUACCCUGGAAGCCUUACUAUCUAUUUCUUAAUAUAACUUACCAAAAGAAAGAAAGAAAAAAUAACCAGUGAUUGGUCACUAAAAGUAGCACAGAAAUAUCAGUAUAUUUAUUUAAAUCAUCCUGCAGCAGAGACCCUGCUAGAAUAAAGUGAUGUUAAGUAUUUCUGGGUAGUGUUUUUGCUUUAUGGAUCUUGUUACAUACAGAGAAUAAAUCACUACUGUGAAUUUACGACUAUGUCACCAUGUCAUAUUCCUUUAUAAAUAAAAUGUGGAUUGUUCUUGAGCCCCUAGUGCAGUUCUUGAAUGGUUAGAUCCUCCAUCAGAACCACUGUUCUUAGCUUUAAUUACACGGAUGCCCAGAAUAUUAGAUUUUGGAUCACUUUUUGACAAAAUGUGUGUUGGUCACAGAAGGAAAGGAAGCACACCGACACAUAUUUAUCAGGUAUUGUAUAUCAGAUCCUGCUCUGCACAGCCUUGCAAUCCCCACAUUCUUUUGAGAUAAGAAUUACUCAGUUUUGCAGGUGAGAAAAAAGGAAGGUCAGACAGGAAGGGACUUGCCCGAGGACCCAUGACCAGUAGGUGGAAUUUCAAAGAGGUGUUUGAUACCAGUCCCUCUCUGUCCAGUAUACCCCAAAGCAUGACCCAAGUGGCUUGGCAUUUCUGAAUGUGGAGGAGGGACCUAGAGUCAUACCUUGCAUCAGAACCUGCAGUGGGGCAUUGCUUGGGAGCCAGGAUCACUUCUUUCAACUUGAGGUUCACACUACAUAGUCCCUUCGAUUUUCUCCCUUAGGCCGGAAGGUUUCCUGGGGUAGUCCAUGGAAAGAACUCAAAAAGGCCCCUUCUUGCUGGAGAGCCUGCCAGACAGCCAGUGUUGCAGCUGCUGCCAGACACAGGAGUGCUGUUGGUCCCAGCAGCCACCUGGAGUUUUGCCUCCCCAACUUCCUCCCCUCCCUGCUGGCUUGUGCAGAAUCCAUCUGGGCCUUGGGUGCAGAAUGGGCAUCGGGGCCUUCGGAGCACCUGGCCUGGCCUCCUCCUGGUGAAAGGACACCGGACACCUUUAUGCUCAGCCCUGGUAGGAGAGAUGCUGUCUGCAGGGCAGCCUGGGAGGUCUGGAGCCUGGGGUUCUUGGCAGGGCUCCUUGACUGAGUGUUCUCAGCAAGCAAUUUGCAUCCCACUGUUUCCCCACACCUGCCCUCAGGACUUGACAAAACAGAAAAUAGGACUCGGGUGGGGAACUAUUUUUAAGUUUUUGAUUCAGUUGUGCGUCAACCAUUUUCUGCCCAGCUGCUUGUUUCAGUGGGAGGCAGGAGAGGGAGGGUGGCGUGCUCAUCCCUCAGGGUCGCUUCUCCUACAGAAUGAAAAUGAGCUUUCAAAGGGUGGGCAAGAAAUGUAAAACUACUGAAUAAAAUCAGACUUUAGGACUCUCUGAGUCCUUUUGGUUAGGUCCUGUCCCAUUUCUUCUUAGGUAACCCAGUUUGUUUCACCUGUGAAAUAAAUCUCUUUAAUGCAUUGUUAGAGUCUCCCCAAGAUUCCUAAAGCCUGAGGCAGCACAGAAGAGUUUGCUUUCAAUAUGGCACUACCAGCCUACCAGUUAUGUCUCCCUCAGAAACAUCAGUGUUUUUAUCUUAGAAUAAAAGACUUUUCUCUUAAGCCCUGGGGACAAAUGCAACAAGCCCCCAAGCUAUUAUCUGAACUGUGUCUUAGGUACUUCUUUUGGCACCGGAUUUAGAUAUGGACCACAAUAUUUGAAUGUGCAGCCGCCUGGAUUUACAUGUGUUUCUAUUUAUCUGAAAUUUCACUUGUGGCCAGGAGCCUUCAUUUGUGAAGUUGCUCAUCCUUUAGGAGUUUUUAAACCCUAAGAAAUCUAGGAAAGAUUCAUCUGAGAAGGAACUAUUGCUCAGGGAAUUAGUUAUGGGACCUGGGCAUCUGAUCUGCAGGUGACAAGUCUAGUUCAACUUAUUGUGGGAGAUUUAGAUAGAUGCGCAUUCAUCACUGUUCUAGAGACCAGGAAGAAAGAGGUGGCCAUUGCUUUCAUGUGCAAGUGCCCUUCAGUUCCAGAAAUACAGAAAUAUUCAGACAUACACACAAAAUUGAAGUAUUAUAUCUUAGUAUUUAGGUACUAAGUGCUUAGUACUAAGUGCUUAGUAUUAUGUCAGUACUAAUACUUAUGUGUUAGUACUUAGGGGGAACAUAAGAAAAACUAAACUUUAAUGAUAAUUCCUUAUUUUAUGAUGAUUUUACUCUGGGACCCCUAAAUUUUGACGUGUUUAACCAGAUUUUAUUUCUAAGCUGUCAUUUAUAUAUACAACUAUUGCAUAGAGGGCAGAACACCAGCAAGGAUGAUGUAGGACAUAUACUGACUCCCCAGGGUAGUUGACUCACAUCCUCGACAAUGGUGCUAAUGAGAGGCCCACUGGGCCAGGGAUUAUUUGAGAAGAGAUUAAUUGACAAUUGCUUUUGUUAGCAGGACUCCACAUUUCUGAAUUUCUACUCCAGCAUCAACCAGAAAGUUCAGUGAUAAAAUCAUUCUAUCUAUUUCUGAUGGAGUCAAUUGCAAAAAAUGUGGUCAGUGACCUUUUAUGUUCUUUCCAAUUAGUUCUGUACUUUGUAACUUGGAGGGACAGUUUUGCAAACUGGCUUUGCUGAAGGUCACUGGUCACUAUAUGUGUAAGACAGCCUGAGUGUGAGCUGCUGCAUUAACUGGGUGGUGGGCUCUAUUGGGACAUUCCUAAAUAUGUAAAUGAAUGAAUUAGACACCAGCAAUCAUCUAUGCAAGUCCAUUUACAUCUCCAAGUUUAUGCUUCGAAGCCUCUUCUCAUUGUGAUGUUAGUAGCAGUGUUAGCAUUUGUCAUGGUCACAGUACAGCUGGUAUCCAAGUUACUUUGUUCCCUUUUGGGUCCUCCAGUGAUAGCCCUCCCUCAUCUCAAUUAACUAUAAAACAUUCUACACAUUACAUUUUUUAUUCUGUAAACAUGGAAAAUAAACUGAAAUCCCAAAUUGUA